AUGGGGAGGAAAUGCUCACAUUGUGGUAACAUAGGCCACAAUUCAAGAACUUGCACUAGUUACAACAGAACCAUUGUCAACAACAAUAGCACAGUUCAUCUGGUAGGGGGCGGUGGCGGUGGCGGGGGCGGUGGAUUAAGGCUGUUUGGAGUUCAACUUGACUCACCAUCACACUCCAUGGUGAUGAUGAAGAAAUGUCUUAGCUUGGAUUGCUUGCCGUCGUCUUCACCGUCGCUGCUGCCGUCGGCUUCCGCCUCCCAGUCGCCGUCGUCUUCUUUAUCUUCGUCUCGAGUCUCCGUCAACGACCUCCACAAGAAUACGUCGGUUGGUUAUCUCUCCGACGGUCUCAUUGCCAGAGCUCAAGAAAGGAAAAAAGGUCUACCUUGGUCGGAAGAUGAACACCGGCGAUUUCUGACGGGACUGGAAAAGCUGGGAAAGGGUGAUUGGAGAGGGAUUUCAAGAAACUUUGUGACAACAAGAACACCAACUCAGGUGGCAAGUCAUGCUCAGAAGUAUUUUCUCCGGCAGGCCACUUUGGUCAAGAAGAAACGCCGAUCAAGCCUUUUUGACUUGGUAAGGUGUAAUGGCAUCAAGAACGCAAAAAACCAUUGCGUUAUCAGUCGGUCGAGCUCCUUCGACGACGAUCAUCGAGAUCAAAGUGACGAUCUUUCUUUGAUGGAUUUCAAUUCUCUAAAGCAAGAGAAUAUUGUCUUCUACAACAAUCCAAUUGUGAAAUCAUAUCAAACGACAUCGAUAUAUUCACAUCUGAAGAAUGCUUCUCCAAGUGGUACAAUUGGCUCAAAAAGUGGUACUCUUGAUUUAGAGCUUACACUUGCUUCUCCAAAGCCAAUGGACCAAAACAAGUCUUCUACCCCUUCCCUUCAACUUGGUCCAAUUAUUAGUGUCAUUUAGUAUCCCUUUGUAUCUUAAAAGCAUCUAAUUAUCAAAUGUUGUAGAUAUCGAUCGUCUUGAAUUCCGAGACGUUAAUUCGGAACGAGCCCCGUGAUCUGAAUAGAUUAAGACAUUUUUGUAACUAUAAGUAUAUAUAAUGGGUACCCUUUUGAAUAAGAGCUUAAU